CUCCAUCCCGCCCCUGCAUGGCGUCGCGGUUCCUCGGGCCUCCCUUUCCCCUCCUCUCCGCCUCCGCCUCGCCUGCUGCUGUUCCCGGUGCGGCCUGCAGGCGGCAGCCCAGAAACCGGCCCGACUCUCCUCAGCGGGGCUCCCGGUGGCCGCCUCGUACGAGCCCGGAGGAGGGAACCAAAGCACAGCAGCCUCGGCAGCCGCAGCAGCAACAGCCGCCACCCCAGCCCCAGCGGGAGGAGAUGCGAUGACAACGUCCGCCCUGCAGAAAGCCAUUGAUUUGGUCACAAAAGCCACAGAGGAAGAUAAAGCAAAGAACUAUGAAGAGGCUCUGCGUCUCUACCAGCAUGCGGUGGAGUACUUCCUUCACGCCAUCAAGUAUGAUGCUCACAGUGACAAGGCCAAGGAAAGCAUCCGGGCAAAGUGUGCACAGUACCUGGACCGGGCUGAGAAGCUGAAGGAUUAUCUGCGGACCAAGGACAAGCAGAGCAAAAAGCCUGUCAAAGAAGCCCAGAAUGACAGCAAGGGGAGUGACAGCGACAGUGAGGGCGACAAUCCUGAGAAGAAGAAGUUGCAAGAGCAGCUGAUGGGUGCCAUUGUGAUGGAGAAGCCCAACGUGCGGUGGAAUGAUGUGGCUGGGCUGGAAGGAGCUAAAGAGGCCCUCAAGGAAGCGGUCAUCUUGCCCAUCAAAUUCCCUCACUUAUUCACAGGUAAGCGCACUCCAUGGCGAGGGAUUCUCCUCUUUGGCCCUCCUGGUACUGGGAAGUCUUACCUGGCCAAGGCUGUAGCAACUGAAGCAAGCAACUCCACCUUCUUCUCCAUCUCCUCUUCAGACUUGAUGUCCAAGUGGCUAGGGGAGAGUGAAAAAUUGGUGAAGAACCUAUUUGAGCUGGCCAGGCAGCAUAAGCCUUCCAUCAUCUUCAUUGACGAAGUGGACUCUUUGUGCGGCUCUCGCAAUGAGAAUGAGAGUGAGGCAGCCCGCAGGAUCAAGACGGAGUUCCUGGUACAAAUGCAAGGCGUUGGGAAUGACAAUGAUGGCACUUUGGUCUUGGGUGCUACCAACAUCCCCUGGGUGCUAGAUGCUGCCAUUCGGCGAAGGUUUGAGAAACGUAUUUACAUCCCGCUUCCCGAGGAGCCGGCCAGGGCUCAGAUGUUUAAGCUGCACCUUGGCAACACGCCACACAGCCUGUCAGAAGCCAACAUCCACGAAUUAGCCCGGAAGACUGACGGCUAUUCAGGGGCUGACAUCAGCAUCAUUGUGCGCGAUGCCCUCAUGCAGCCUGUCCGCAAGGUGCAGUCAGCCACGCACUUCAAAAAGGUCCGUGGACCAUCCCGCACCAAUCCUGGCACGGUGGUAGAUGAUCUGUUAACCCCUUGUUCCCCGGGAGAUCCUGGUGCUAUUGAAAUGACAUGGAUGGAGGUACCUGGGGACAAGCUUCUGGAGCCUAUAGUCUGCAUGUCGGACAUGCUGCGCUCACUGGCCACCACCCGCCCCACCGUGAAUACGGAGGAUCUGCUAAAGGUGAAGAAGUUCACUGAAGACUUUGGCCAGGAGGGCUAAUGCUGUGCCUAUGAGGAGCAGCGGUGAUGGGGGGCAUUUUACCACGGACAUGUGUGUAGACAAGGCCCUUUGUGCUGACAGUGGACUGUGCCAAGCAGAGGUUAGCAUCCAGCUUACUACUGAAUCUGUCUCUGCUUGGGGCACCUGUUUGGCUGGGGAAGGAAGAGGAUGAGGUGACACAGCCUCCAUUGCUACUCUGGGAGAUGGACACAAAGGGGAGAAGGCUGAGCCCAGCCCACUCUGGUUUUUUCCCAUCCAGACAUCCCUGCCUUCAUGGUUGCUCUUUCAUUUCCCCCCUCUAACGCUGCUUGGCUUGUUUAUAUACAAAUAAAAACAAUCCGAAACUUC